AUGGAUGAAAACCACGAUGAUGUCGCCAUCAGCACGUUCAAAAGUGGUAUUCCCACCGAGCACGACUUAAGGAAAUCUCUAACUGGUAAGCCCGUCACCAGCGUUCAUCAAUUGAUGGAUAGGAUUGACAAGUACAAAAGGGUGGAAGAAGACCAGCUACAAGGGAAAGGAAAGGAGAAGAUUGUUCCCCCCAAAGGGAAUUAUUACAAGUCGGAACGAUACAACAAUAACCAGCCGAGAAGGGAUUUUUCGAGACAGGUUGGACAAACCAACAUGCAAACGGUUAAUGCCGUAUUUAGAGAGCCAGUCAACAAGUUAUGGAGAAAGUCAAGAACGAACCUUUCUUCAGAUGGCCAGGAUAAGAGGGGAACUAUCCAACCCCACGACGAUGCUUUAGUGGUUACUUUGAGGAUCGAAGGUUUUGACGUGAAGAGGGUACUAGUAGAUCCAGGCAGCGCAAUGGAAGUAAUGUAUCCUAAUCUGUACAAGGGACUGAACUUAAGGCCUGAGGAUUUAACGGCUUAUGACUUUCCCCUUAUAAGUUUCGAGGGGAAGACUGUUGUACCAAAAGGGCAAAUCAGAUUACCCAUACAGACUGGAUUAGAGAUGAUGGAGGUAGAUUUUAUCGUGGUCGAUGCCUACUUGCCCUACACGGCAAUAGUAGCCAGACCGUGGGUUCAUGCCCUGGAGGCCGUAUCUUCUACACUUCACCAAAAGCAAUCAAUCACCUCGAUAGCUCAAGUCAACGGACCAGCCGAGGAGAUAAAAUGUGAAAGUUUAGAAACGUUUACCGUUGACGAUAACCCAGAAAGAUUUUUCCAAGUCGGCUCAGAGUUACCUCUUCAAGAAAAAGAGGAACUGGUCGGGUUUCUGAGGAAGAAUGUUGAUAUAUUUGCAUGGGACGCCUACGAUGCCCCGGGGGUUGACCCUAGUCUCAUUUGUCACUACCUAAAUGUUAACCCAUCUUCUAUUCCAAAGAAGCAGCCACCCCGACGCCCUUCGAAAGUGCAUACCGGUGCUGUUAGGGAUGAAAUGAUGAAGCUAAAAAAGGCAGGGGCUAUCAAAGAAGUCUUUUUCCCCAAAUGGCUGGCAAAUACGGUAGUGGUGAGAAAGAAGACGGGGAAGUGGCGGGUCUGCGUAGACUUCACAGACUUAAACAAGGCGUGCCCGAAAGACCUAUUCCCGUUGUCUCGAAUAAACCGACUGGUAGAUGCGACUGUGGGCCACCCUCAAAUAAGCUUCCUAGAUGUCUUCCAAGGUUAUCAUCAGAUACCGCUAGCAUUAGAGGAUUAG